GCGGCGGAGUAACUGGUCAGGAACGGACGGGGCUGUGGAGGAAUCCCAAAAACUUUUCCAACUCAGUAAAGUUCUCUUCCUUCGCUGGUUCAGCUCACUCGCAGCCUGCCACUGGACGGGUUAAGGACUUGGACGGGUUAAUAACUUCCGCGCUUCCUUGUCGUGUCUGUUGACGAUCAAGUAGAUGCAAACGGCUGAGUCGAAACGAGAGGAAAACUUCUGGAAUGAUGCACGAGCGACUGCAUCCCUCCCUCCUCCAAAGUUCAGUUAAGGUGGCUAACGUUAGCUAGCACAGGGGCUGCUUGCUAAGCGCGAUGCGAAACUUUUUUUAUUCACCAAAUCGAUUCGGAGUAAGCUCAGUUGUUGUAGAAAAAGACGCAUCAGUUUAAAACAUAGUCUAAAUGUGAAAGCUUUCAUCGUCCGUUUGCUAUGAUAGCCGGGGCCAGGGUUUAGUAUCAGGCUAAUCAGCUAGCUUAUUUUUUUAUCAGAACCUGAUGAAGUUGCCGAGAGGAAUAAUAACACGACACACCUCUUGUUUAUGAGCUCCGAUCAUGAAAGGAUCACAGCACUUUUAUGUUUCAUUAAACUUAGUUUAUGCUCUGACCUAACUGAGCAGCAGCAUCUGCAAAACUUGAGAUAUGAGGUGUCCACCGAGAUGACCACUGCAUGGUGAUUAAAACUCUGCAGUAAUGUGCUGACAAUGACAUUUCACUUUGGAAACAUUUUCAAGAAGUUGCUCUGAGUACUGUGGAUUUAUCUGGGCAGCUACACAAAAGCAGCCCAGUGCCACUCCUGUUUUUCUGCCAACUGUUUUUUAGUUUUUCUGUGCCUAAUCACAACCCUAAACCUGUCUGUGGUGCACUUUGCUAUUGGGAUCUUACCUCCUUUUCGUCUGUUACACUAUCUCGGAUAAAGCUGAGUGUUUCAUUAUGAAGGUGACAGUAACUUUUGGACAGACAGGUGUUGUUGUGCCCUGCAAGGAUGGAUGGACUGUUAGGGAUCUUAUCCAGCAAGCCACCCAGAGGUACAGAAAACUACUGGAGCAGGAGGGAGAUUUUGUCAUUCGAACCCAUCAUGUUGAGUACUGUGAUGGGGGUAUACUGGACCCUGAUGACAUCCUCAGUGAUUUGGUCGAGGACAAAGACAAGCUGAUGGCGGUGUAUGAGGAGCAGGAAGCCCAGCAGAGAGGUGUGGCUGACACGAGCCUGACCCCGAGCCCUGACCUCCACCAAGCUGAACUUUCUGUUUUCCAGCCAAUCACAGGAGGAGAGAUUGAAGUCAAUUCUUCAGCCCUCAAAUCUAACACACCCUUGCUGGUGAGGAGCAGCAGUGACUCAGCCCUCAACCCCCAAACAACAGAGACUGAACCCUCCUACAAUGAAGAUAGCACUGUGAUGGCAGCCGGUGCUGAAGUGGAGGGGCCUAGAGGGAUGGAACGAGCUCCAGUAAAAAACACCUUCAGUGGCAGUCUGACCAGAAUGGUGGAGACCCAGGGAGAGGACAAUCCUCUGGGUAUUCAUGUUGUUCCCUACUGCUCUUCACUCAGCGGACGGUCUCUUGGUCUGUAUAUUCGUGGUGUGGACGAAGAGAGCCGCUCAAGAAAGGAGGGCUUGUUUCAGGAGGAUGAGUGCAUUGUGAAAAUCAACAACACUGACCUCAUGGACAAGACAUUUAGCCAAUCUCAGGACAUUUUUCGUCAGGCGAUGCGGUCCCCACUUGUCCGUUUGGAAGUUGUGUCCUCGUCAAACAGAGAGAGAUAUGAGAAAGGUUUGAUCAGUCAGCUGUGUGUCAGCAGUACGGCUCCGAACAGCAGCCCUCGUGUCACCAAGGCCAAAGAUCCACCGCCACCAGUCAAAGCCAAACCUGCGUUUAAACCUCCCGAGAAUUCAACUCCAUGUCUUGUAGAAGAGACUCCUAUUCUUGAAGCAGUUGGUAGUCCAAAGGAGAGAGGUGAUAGCCCUCUGCACAGAAAAAGUCCGGCGCUCUCCAGCUUGGUGUCCAAUAAAAGAGGAGGGCGAAGGCUGCGGAUUGAUUUAAAGAAAGGUUCAGAAGGUCUUGGAUUUACUGUUGUAACCAGGGAUUCCUCAAUACGCGGCCUGGGUCCUAUUCUAGUCAAAAACAUUCUGCCACGAGGAGCUGCUGUCAAAGAUGGACGGCUUCAAUCUGGAGACCGCAUACUGGAGCUAAACGGUGUGGAUAUCACCGGGGUGGGCCAGGAGGAGCUGGUGUGUAUGCUCCGCAGCACUCGUCAAGGAGAGACUGUGUCCCUGGUGGUUUUACGGCAGGAUGAGAUGUUCCUGCCCAGAGAAAUGAAAGACGAGUUGUCUCGUUUGCGUGGCGUGGUUUUAGAGAACGGGAAGGAGCAGCUGAUGUUUGAGGUUCCCCUCAAUGACACUGGCUCGGCGGGACUUGGCGUCAGCCUGAAGGGAAACAAGUCCAGGGAGACGGGAGAGGAUCUGGGAAUUUUCAUCAAAUCCAUCAUUCAUGGAGGAGCUGCAUACAAGGACGGGCGGCUGCAUAUCAAUGAUCAGCUCAUCGCCGUAAAUGGAGAGUCACUGCUGGGACGCUCCAACCAUGCAGCCAUGGAGACACUCCGACGAUCGAUGUCGCAGGAAGGAAACGUUAGAGGGAUGAUUCAGUUGGUGGUGCUGAGGAAUUUAAAGGAUCAAUAUGAGGUGUCACCCAAUCGCUCCUUUGACAGUUCGUCUGGUGUACCAGGACUUAUCAGCCCAUUCAAAAGUCAGACAGGCUUCGUCAGUCAAGCCCCAGACUCUGUCCACCAUCCCACACAGGUGUCCAACCCCAUCUAUUCCUCCAGUGUGACCAAUGGGAGUUAUUUUCACAUGGACGAGGAGGAAGAUGAGGCAGUGCUGUACGGGCAAGAUGUGGAGAUCAGCAGCUCUAAUCAGCCCUUCUUCUUACAGGAAAGUGAAAGCUCUAAGGCCCAGCCUCAGUCUCCCACCCAGAACCAGUUCCAGCACAUCAAAGCCUCUAAAAGCAUGGACCUGGGUACGACUCAAAACCAGCAUCACACUGUGGCCGAUGAGAACAACAUUAGAUCCCUGGAUGGAAGCACUUCUGCUCCAUGUACGCCUGUCGAACUCGGACCAACUCUUGGUUUGAAGAAGUCCAGUUCGUUGGAGAGCCUCCAGACAGCCAUGUCAGAGGUCAACAAGAAAAACGAAAUGCUCCCUUUCCACCGCCCUCGCCCAAAUAUGGUCAGAGGACGAGGAUGCAAUGAGAGCUUCAGGGCAGCUAUCGAUAAAUCCUAUGAUGGCCCAGCUGAAGAUGAUGAUGAUGAAGGUUCAGAGUUGAGUUCAGGCCGUGACACUCCUGCCAGUAGUUCAUCCCGCCAGGGACUUGCUGACCAAACAGAAGAGAAAACCAAAAAAGAGAAGAAAAAGAAAGAGAAAACCAAGAAGAAGGAGAAGAAUAAAGGGAAAGGGAAAGAAAAGGAAAAGAAGAAAGCAGAAGAGACAGAGGAAACAGAAAAGAAGAGCAAGAAAAUAGGCUUUGCUCUUCUGAGGUUUGGAAAGAAGAAGGAGGCAAAGUCGGCUGUGCAACGACAAAAAUCAGACGUCCUGAGUGACCUGGAGCUUGAAAGGAUGAGAGAAGAGAGAGAAAGGAUUGAAGCUGUGCAUCCUGAGCUGCAGGAAAAACUGCCCAGAGACCAUCAGGGUGGCGGUGGUGGGGCAGCAUAUCCACACUUCGAGGAUGACGAUGCUGACCCAAACUAUGCCAGGAUACAGUCCUUCAGGGACAGAGAGAUGGGUUCAGGGCCACCGCCGCUGCCACAGUCACCUCUGUACAGUUCAGUUCAGCAUGCUCAUGCCCGCUCGCCUUCGCCACAGGGCCCUCCCAGCUUCCCAGGACAUGGGAAGCAUGUUAACGAUGCUGGAGUUCUCCCUGAUGAUGACCCCAUUGAUAGGCUGUAUGCCAAAGUCAACAAGCCUAGAGGUUCUGGAGCUACGUCACCACUCACUGCUUCCCCAGCACCUCCCAGUGACAGCAAUAUGGACCGCAUCCAGCUGCUAAGAAGAGAGUAUCAGCAAGCAAGGCGAGAAGGAAUGGUGCCGCCGUAUGAAGAACUGGACCUACGGCGCAGAGGUCACGACAGCGACCCACACAGGAUACCAGGCAGAGGCACUGAUCCCCGUCUGACUCCACGAUACGAGGAAGUGGAGCGCCAGUACGCGUCCUUACCAAGACGAGGACCAAUGGAUCCUGCUGACUACCCAAUGCAGUCAUGGUCGGGUCAUUACCCGGGUCCGCCACAAGCUCAGCCUGGGUACCCCCAGUCACCAACUUACUCUAACAUCAACUCCCAGUCUGGUCCGUCAUUCUCCAACUUCCUGCCUGGCCAGCCUUAUCAACAGCAGCCAAGAGACCCUCGAGGGAUUGAACCUGGUUACUACCCUCACCCCAGUUCCCAGCAGAGAGGACCUUUGCGGCAGGACGUGCCGCCAUCUCCUACUCCGCCACUGCGGGCACCGCGGUACGACACCAUGGCACGUGGAACUGUGGGUGGGGGUUACAGGCCCCAAAUGGAACCUAGCACUGACCAGUAUGGUUAUACUGGGAAUGUCGAAGGAGCGCAACGCCAAAACAACUCCAAACAGAGGACUGCUUUCACCACAAGAUCCACAGAGUGAAACAUGCAAAACCUACCAAACACCUGGCACCUUUUUCUGUUAUUAAUACCUUGAUGAAAACCAGCAAAUGUCUAUGGUGUGGCUGCUUGGUAUUUUAAAUUGCUUCGAAAAUAUUAUGUGUUAAAUGAUUACUUUGUACUUCACACAUAUUAAAGGUCUAAGUCAGUCAAAGACAUAAAAGAAACAAGAUCAGUUUAAAGCCGGCAUCUGAAGUCUCUGCUGGUCCUGAUGGUUCCUGUGCUUCUCCAAAGUAAUUCAACUGACAAAUUAGUGAAAACAAAACCAGUGCAACGAAUGUUAUCUACAGUAUACGAUGAUUAACACAGAAUAGACUCUUCAGUGUUAUUAGAUUUGUGCAUGAAACCAUUUCUGUUCUUUUGAAUGUGUCUGGAAGUAUUUGAUUCACUGUGAGGAGGAUGUACAUCAUGGAAAAUGGAAAAAAAAUGGUUCAAAAAUGUAUUGAUGCAUCAAUGAAAAUCACUUUAAAGCUUUAUUCCAUUAAUAACUGCUACUUGAUUUUGAAAAUCUAAAAUAUUCACACAUUACAUACAGCCCUGGCAAAAACUAAUCCCUCCAUACAAUAAUUUGUAGGAAUAAAUCAGUAGUCAUUUCUGUGUGACCACUUCAGUCUCUUUUCUUGUGGCAGAGGCAUGUGGUCUUCUGUUCAAGAUUAUUUUUAAUACAUGUAUCAAUGCACAGCUCCUUAAAUUCCAUCUAUUACCCAAAAUGCUUAUUCCCAGUGAGGUCACCAGGGGUGCCGAUGCCUAUCGCCAGCAGUCAACAGGCGAGAGGUGCGGUAUACCCUGGACAGGUUCACCAGUCCAUUGCAGCGCUCCUUAAGGGUCCCUUCACAGCAUUUAGAUUAGAUUGAGUUCUGGACUUUGACUGGGCCAUAGUGACAUUUUGAAUUUCUUACUUUUUGAGCCAUUCUUCUGUAGUUAUACUCCAGUGCUUUGGACCCAGUUUUGCAAGGUGAGUCAUUAAUAUUGCCAAUGUGGACUCACAUUUUACUGUAUGCAAAGACCAAUAUUCGAGAAGUUGUGUUGUCCAACCAGAUGCAACUUUGGAAACCUAAGUCAAGCUGCUUUUUACUUUCAUGGAACAGAAACUUUCCCUUUUUGAAUCCAUUACAAACAUCCAUACUUUUUCAAACUUGUGUAAUGUUACAUUAAAUAUGCCAAUCUGUGGAUUUGUGCAGCAUCAUAGGGCCUUACAGGGGUUUAACUUGUUGGAAUGCCCAUUACAGGGAAGUCUGGCUGCCACCUUAAAUAUUUUUACACUUGUACAUAACCUUUCUAAAUAUAGAAUAAUAAACUUUUUAAAAUUUAGCCUUGGAGCUCUUUCCAGAUUGAUGCAGUUGCUUCAAUAAAUGUCUUUUCACCUUGGCAUUGCCUAACUGUCAAAACAUACAUUUUUCUGAUGAUCAAGUGAUAAAAUGUAUUUGAUCAUCAGCAACUCAGUGAUAAUUUCUACUAAAUCCUCUUAAAGUGUACUUAGUUUUUCACAUGCCUAUAUUGACAGUCGAGGAAAGAUUUCUAUCAAGCUGAAAGUAUCUUCAAAAUAAUUGUUUUGUGUGUGGGCGUUGCCAGAGCGUUUUUUUUUUUUUUUUUUUUUUUUUUGCCAGUGAGCCAUUUCCUUAACUUGACUUUUAAUUUUUUCAAUUCCUUUUGAUUUUCUUUAUGACUCCUGAAGUUACAUCACAGUAAUGCGCUAUAUGAAAUCUGUCACUGUGUAAUGAUAUGCUUUUAAUAACAUUGCAUUUUUUCAUUUUUAAUAAUGAUAUUUCUGUCAGUCAACUUGAGUUUAAUUACUUUUCUGGCACGGAAUUAGAUAAGAUCCAAAUGGGAAACUUUAUGACUCCAGCUCAGUGUUAAACUUAGUAAUAUUUCAUAUCAGAUAAAAAUAUUAAUAAUCAGCUAAAUCUCAAAUUUGACAUUUGCAUCCACCUCUGAUGAUAUUAGCUGAUCUGGACCUUCACUAACUUUAUUUAAACCAACUCCUACUUGAAUGUUUGAUGAAAUCUGAUGUUUUUCUAUCAGUAUCUCUUGUCUUGCAUGUACAGACUGGUAGUAAAACUGCACGACAAACUGCUUUUAGUUUCAUUUCACACCUGCGUCCAAAUAUCUGCGUUCUGCCACUGCAUUAAGAUCAAGCCAACCCUAUUUGUAGUGUGUUUUUACGGAGUUGAUACAGAGCUCGGUCUCUUAGUCACACUGAACUGUUGAUUUACUGUUAGUCAAGAAAAACAUUUAUGUUUCACACCACUCCACUCAGCAGUAUUAACUUCAAUUGAUACUAAAUGUUUUUAUGUAUGUUGGAUUAUGUAAAAGACUGAGGAUUAAGUGAAUGUUCAGAGAAGGUUACUAUAAAUCUUGAAAAAUAAUAAAUUUUUUCAUACAAAUAUAGAUUUAAUUACAUUUUCUGGAUACGUGUUUGACAGAUGUAUAAGGUUUAGAAUAAGAAAGAAAGUGAAAGAAGGAAAAGAGGAGGUAAAAGAUUUUUGGAAACUGAUGAGUAAAAACUGAAAAGUGAGAAAUAGAAGUGAUGGUAGAAAAACAGAAGGAAGUCAAAGGUCAUCUCACACACUCGUCAUUUUGUACUUUUGCUGAGGGGUUUUUCUUCCCAUUUUUGUUUCCAAAUAAGUCCCUCUGUGUUAUUGUGACUUAGUAAGCUCUAUUUCAUUGGAGUUCACAGAAACCACAAUCAGUAAACAUAGAGUGUGAUCAAAAAAUAUAAAGUAAAUAAUAUUCAGUUCAAACAUAUGUGCGACUUGAUUAUUUUUAUGGUUAUUUAUCCUCAUGAUUCAUCAAAAUCAUAAAUAAACAAACUGACAUGCUGUGGUAAAAUACACGAUUACAAAAUGUUUUGUUUACUGGUUAGGAAUACAACAUGUUGGUACGAAAUGGGUUUGUGAGUUGCUGAAGAGGCGUUUUGACCCAGAGUCUCUACAAAGUAAGGAAGUUGUGGGAUAAUGAAUGAAAACAAACAUUUUUUCUGAAGAUGUGUUGCAGAAGUGAGGCUCUGCAGUUUGAAGGUAGAAAUUUUGUGAAAAGAGAUCGCUUGGUUUAGUCUUUCAAUUUUGACAAAAGUCUAAAAAAAAAUCCUGAAAGUAAAAUUGUUAGUAUUUUGUUGAAAGAACAGCAGUGAAAUGUUUAGUUUUAGCUUUUAUGAUAACGUUGCAGUUUUAUUCUGAAGAAGACAACACAAUACUGACAUUUUUUGUGUGAUUAUUGGUUUUUUUUUGUUUGUUUUUUUCAGUUUUAAUAUUUAAACAGCACCUGCUGUAGAUUAAACUGUUAUUCUCUAACCCGAUAGGCCGUCGAAGCAAACAUGUCCAUAAUGUAGUUUUUCACACCAGGAUAAAAUUGGACACAAAGUCAAAUAACAAUGGAAAAAUGUUUCCAAUUCUAGACUUUAUUGCUCAGUACAUUUUCUGCAAGAGGUUAAAUAAGAAACUUAAUGUUGUUUUUCAUUGAUUUAUAUUUAACUUUAUUCAUUUCUAACUUGCCAUAUCACAACUUCAGCUUUUUUGUUUUGUUUGUUGCCAUUUUGUAAUUUAAAUUUUCCAGUUUAUGGCUGGGAUCCCAUAAAUAAAUGCAUUAACUGGAAGCCAUCUUGAUUUAUAAAGUGUAUCCAUUAAAGACUCAGUAAGUUCAGAUGAGAAAAUCAUUGUAAAACAGCCUGUUACAAACCCAAUCAAUGCAGAAACCAACUUCAGCCUAAUGUAACAUCAUCAUUUCUGAAAUAUGCUCAUAAUAAAACCUCUCAACACACUCUAACAUGAAUCUUUUGUUUAAAAAUGUCCACAAAUUGACAAAAACUGUACAAUAGAUUGAGCAUAAGACAGGAAAAAUAAAGGUUUCCUCAGCUCUAACUGCCUAAUAAACUUUGUGGACUUUAGUGAAUCCAGAUGUGAUAUUAAAGUGUAUUUCUGUUGUUCAUUUUAUACUAGCACGCACUUCACAUAUACGUAACUCUUCACAAGCAUUUUAUUUCUAUUGUUUCUGUGUAAUGGUAUUGAAUGUUCAUGGAUUUAAGCAGAGCCACAGGCUGUUUGGGAAAUGUUGCUGUUAAAUCAAGAUGUGCUGCAAACUCAGUUCAUGCUGUGUUGAGUUUAACACCAAAAGUCAAAAGUUCAAUCAUUGCACCGAGUGUUUCUCAAUUUUGGUAAUGCACAAAACCAAACAAGGAGUUUGCAAGAACAGAUCAAGCAUCCUGUCUGGCUCUUGAAAACAUGAGUUGCACAAGUUGAAGGUACUAGCUUCGGUUUUACAUUGUGAAGGGUUCUGGUACUUCUGGUUUUGCCUUUACAGGGACCGGUGCAUGAAGGAACCAUUUUAAUAACCUCUUUUCUUAGACGUAUAACAAUUUCUUUAUUACACAGCUUUGUAUCUCAAAAUCUCAAAUCUCAUUUUAUGAUGUUGCAACAAGUUCAUUUCUGUUUUAUCAGCAUUUUUACAUUUAUGUGCAUAUCAUCUUUUUGCAAUAAAAUAUACUUUAU